AGCCUUCUUUUACCUCCACUCCAACCUUAACCAAGUCCCCAGCCCUACCCAAGACGGUAGCCACGCACAAUGCGCUUCGCAAUUGGUGCUACUGCUGCGCUCGCUGCCGCCUUUGUGCGCGCAGACGACGCCAGCGCUCCCGACGCCGAGUCCUCACCCGCUGCCGCUACUGUCUCAAAGCCUACUUUUACCCCCACAAAGCUCAAGGCUCCCUUCCUCGAGCAGUUUACCGACGACUGGGAAACCCGAUGGAGCCGCUCGCAUGCAAAGAAGGAGGUCAAGGACGAGGAGGAGUGGGCAUACGUCGGUACCUGGGCCGUCGAGGAGCCUUCGGUGUUCAAGGGCAUGGAGGGCGACAAGGGACUGAUUGUCAAGGACAAGGCUGCCCACCACGCCAUCUCGGCCAAGUUCCCCAAGGUCAUUGACAACAAGGACAAGACGCUUGUGGUUCAGUACGAAGUCAAGCUUCAGAACGGUCUUGACUGCGGUGGUGCCUACCUGAAGCUCCUUCAGGACAAUGCCGCCCUUCACGCCGAGGAGUUCUCCAACGCCUCUCCUUACAUCAUCAUGUUUGGACCUGACAAGUGCGGUGCCACCAACAAGGUGCACUUCAUCUUCCGCCACAAGAACCCCAAGACAGGCGAGUACGAGGAAAAGCACCUCAAGAACCCUCCCAUGGCCCGCAUCGUCAAGACGACGUCGCUCUACACGCUCAUCGUCAAGCCUGACCAGACGUUCGAGAUCAAGAUCGACGGCGAGUCUUCGGUCAACGGAACCCUCUUGGAGGAUUUCACCCCCUCGGUCAACCCUCCCAAGGAGAUUGAUGACCCCAAGGACUCCAAGCCCGAGGACUGGGUUGACGAGGCCCGCAUCGCUGACCCCGAGGCGACCAAGCCCGAGGACUGGGACGAGGACGCGCCGUUUGAGAUUGUCGACGAGGAGGCGACCAAGCCCGACGACUGGCUUGAGGACGAGCCCAAGACCAUCCCUGACCCAGAGGCUGAGAAGCCCGAGGACUGGGACGACGAGGAGGACGGUGACUGGGUCCCACCGACUGUUCCCAACCCCAAGUGUGACGAGGUCGCUGGCUGCGGCAAGUGGGAGCCUCCUAUGAAGAAGAACCCUGCCUACAAGGGCAAGUGGACCGCUCCUCUGAUUGACAACCCGGCCUACAAGGGCGUCUGGGCUCCCCGCAAGAUUGCCAACCCUGACUACUUCGAGGACAAGACGCCGGCCAACUUUGAGCCCAUUGGCGCUAUUGGUUUCGAAAUCUGGACCAUGUCCAACGACAUCCUCUUCGACAACAUCUACAUUGGCCACUCUGUUGAGGACGCUGAGAAGUUCAAGGCUGAGACAUUUGACCUCAAGAGCCCUGUUGAGAAGGCCGAGGAAGAGGCCAGCAGGCCCAAGCCCGAGGACACUCCCAAGUCGCCUUCUGACCUCGUCUUCAAGGACGACCCAGUCCUGUACGUCAAGGAGAAGGUUAACCUCUUCAUCGACAUUGCCAAGCGCGACCCCGUCGAGGCGAUCAAGUUUGUUCCCGAGGUUGCUGGUGGCAUUGGUGCCAUUGCCGUGACGAUUCUCGCUAUCCUCAUCUCUGCUCUUGUUGGGUCUGGUUCUGCUCCCUCCAAGGAGCAGGUCAAGGCCCAGGCCAAGCAGGCAAAGGACUCUGCUGCCGGGGCCAAGGACAAGGCGGCGCCGGCUGUCGCCAGCGGAUCUGAAAAGGCGCAGGGUGAGGCGAGCAAGCGUAACACACGAUCAAAUGCUUCGUAGGUGGUGGAAUGCGGUGUCGACGGGGGAGACAUGGAUUGUUGAAAGAUUGCAGCAUGUGGAAAAAAUAUUUGUGCCGUACACAGUCUUGGACGAAGAUUCAGACGUGGCACGAUUGCAUUUUAGGCAGGUGGUUGAUAUCAUUUGGAGGUUAUGGCGCUCUGUAUUGUGUGUAUUCGGAUCUCGUGGGUGAUUAAGCAAUGCAAUUCUGGAACCAGUCAGGUAUAUGUGUGCAAGGGCAUGUGAUUGGAUGUGGGCGUGUUGUCGUAUCGUGGGUGGAGACGUGUGAUUGGCAGCAUCAGUCCAUACAGGCGCGGUAGACGCCGCGGAGGUGGAUAAGCCUUGAAUAGCCAGGGCGACCUCGGAAGUGGAAGAGGAUUGCGGGGGCCCUUGUCUACCGACGGGCGGGUGGUGGUGAAGUGGCCCGGAAUUGGUUUCCCUUAAGAGAGAGAGAGAGAGAG